AUGUCUACGAAACGUAUCUCCAAGGAAUUAAACGAUUUAGCUAAAGAUCCAAUCACAUCCUUCUCUGCUGGUCCAGUGGGUGAUGAUCUUUUCCACUGGCAAGCCUCUAUUAUGGGUCCAGCAGAUUCUCCAUAUGCUGGUGGUGUUUUCUUUUUAUCAAUUCAUUUCCCAACUGACUAUCCAUUUAAACCUCCAAAGAUUUCCUUCACUACAAAAAUAUAUCAUCCAAAUAUUAAUGCAAACGGUAACAUCUGUUUGGAUAUCUUGAAAGAUCAAUGGUCUCCAGCUUUGACACUAUCUAAGGUUUUACUGUCUAUUUGCUCUUUACUAACAGAUGCAAACCCUGAUGAUCCUUUAGUCCCAGAAAUCGCUCAUAUUUAUAAGACUGAUAGAGCUAAGUAUGAAGCAACUGCCAGAGAAUGGACUAAGAAAUAUGCUGUGUGA